GUUCAUCGACGACUUCUUCGCCGUUUGAAUCGUUGGAAAGGUGAAACCGGUGCUGUAUCGUUGUUGGUCCGAUGAUACGUGCAUAAUACCGACUUGUGGUUUAGAAGUUGAAGUGUUGUACGCGCACGAGCUACGAGAAAACGUCGGGAGAGAUUUUCGAAGCAGAAGAGCACGAAAGAGAAGGAAAAGGAAAGGACAGGAUAAAGGAAAAGGGGGAAGGAAGAAAGAAAGAGUGAAGGCGCGCGCGCGCGCGCAUACACACGUACACGCACACGUUUGAGGGAGAGAGAAAAAGAAGGAAAGAGCGAGCUACUAGCGAGCGAGAGCGAACGAGCGAGCAAUACGUUGGUGACAGAAAGACGGUCGGACGGACAGACGGACCGACAGACGGACGCCGCUUCCCCUCCGCUUCUCGGCAGUCGGUCGCGCGUUACCGAGCCAAGUGGAUGAGUUCGCGAACGCGCUCCUGCUAAAAGCUUCUGCUUGCUGUUUGUGCCUGACCGUAGGCGACUUCGGUGUUCCGUUUCCCUUUGCUUCUACCGAGCAAGCAUUUCCUCGUGUGUCUCUGCCAUCGUGCUCGGCUACUUCUCUUCACCUCUCGUACUCUCGUGUCUGUCUAGACGCCACGCAUCGUGCUACACGCCCGCCACCGUCACCGUCGCCGCCACCUCGCCUCUACCUCUCGGAAUAAUAUAUCCAGUGUGUUUCUUGUGCAGAGUACUGGCGAGGGACGCUCCUUCACGAGAAAAGUUUCGCCUCGUCGCGCCACUUACGUCGCCCUCGACUACCGGAGGUUAGUUUUAUUCGACGCACGACACCUGAUCACAGCAUCCGGAAAGCGCGAACGAGAGACAGGUGAGCCAGAAGGGGAUAGAGAGGCAAAAAGAGGAAAGAUGGGUGCGAGACAGAGCAGAAGGUCCGUGGACAUAACGACGACUCCGAAGAAGGAGGGUUUGCCCGCCGAAGGAGGUGUCGGUGAUGCCGCUGCACCUGGCGAUGGCAAGCUGGAAAGGAUCGAAGAGACCGACACGAAGCCUACCACCAAUGGAAUAGCGCCGCACACGGACGUGGCCGAGGAUAAAGACAAGGAUAAGGACGAUGCAACGGAAAAGGAUAAGGAUAAAGAGAAGCAGGAAGAAGUAAAGGCCGAGGAAACGAAGCAAGAGCCGGCUGGAGAAUCUCCCGCGGAAACGGCGGAGGUCACAACACCAACAGAAGGCACUCCAGCUAGUCCCAACACUGUCACCUCUCCAGACAACAAGGAAACCAAAAAGAAGGAAAAGAUGAAGAAAAAGUGGUCCUUCAGGUCGAUCAGCUUCAGCAAGAAGGACAAGAACAAGCCUGCCCGUGAAGAAGCGCCCAAGAAUGGAGACAUCACCAAGGAGGAGCCUCUUGCAGAGGGCGGUGAAGAAGCGGAAAGUGGAUCAGCCACGGCAGGUAGUCCGGUUGAAGAAAAAUCAGCAGUAAGUAGUCCAACAGCGGAGAACGAAGCCGCCCCUGUAGCAGCGGCACCAGCACCGUCGACCGAGGCGAAGGAAGAAAGCCCAGCAUCGGCCGCUAGUAGCCCUACCGAGGAAAAGACAGAGGAACCCACUCCCUCUGCCCCAACUCUUGUCCCUGUCGAGGAAAAGAAAGAGGAGGUCGAAAAAGUGGAGGCCGAGAAAAAAGUAGUCGAGGUCAGUCCAGCCGGUGGUCAGUUCAUAGCGGACCCGGUAGAAGUCUCCGUAUUCCGAGUCCAGACAGUCGCUACGCCGUCUAUCAUUGAGAGGAAAACCAGUGAGGAUAUUCCUUCCUUGCCUCCGUCCAGUCCACCACCAACCCCCAUAGAUACGUCGCCUUUGCAGCAGGCUCAGCAGGCCGCGGCGACCGCGACCGCGCUAGCGGAGGCCCUUAAGCUGCCUGCCGAGGCUGCUGACAAGGAUAUAAUUACACCACCAGCCUUAUCUUCCCUCUGCCCAGAACGUAACGACCCGUCAACACCAGCCGCGGAAUCUCUCGAUGCGACUCCCCAGAUACGACCGCCCAUUUCUUCUGUCGACGAACCCCCAACAAAAUCGACUCUUAUCCCUGAGAGCGUAGAAGCUCUGCCGCUGAUAGAUACAGACGCGCCUAAUCCUCCGGACGAUGUUACCAAGAAUUUAGAGUCGCUUAGCGCCGGUGACGCCAAUAAGACUACCGAGGUCGACGCUCUCCCGUCUCUCGAGAAUGAUGCAAAAAGUCUUCAUAGCGUUCCAGUUAACGAACUGAAACAACCAUCAUCUGAGAGCGAUGUCAACCAAAAAUGUGUAAGGGAGACAACUCCCCUUACCGAGGGGAGCGACGUUGAAAAGUCUUGCGAGCUCAAAGUCGAUGAAAAUGUCGCGAAUCCUUCGCAAAAGAUACAGGUCGAACAACCUUCGCAGUUAUCGGAUAGAGUUAGCAAUCUCGACGGCGGCGAGUUGAUCGAAAACGAAACGUCGCAAGUAGUUCUAGAGAACGUAGUGAAGGAGGAGUUCGUUGCACGCGAGAAAGAAAAGGUACCGGAAUCGGUUAAUAUAAAGGAACGUGUCGAAGAACCAGUCGAAGAGAUUAUCGAGCCGAACGAAGUUGUUCAAGAAGAUAUCGAGCGAGUGGAAGAAGCCGCCGUUAUCGAUCCACCAGUUUUGACCGUUGAUGCGAUCGUGGAAUCCGAAGAAGGUCCCGUUCCGAUUUCCGAAGAAAUCUUAGUAGAGGCAAAGCCAGCGGUUGUCAUUCCGGAGGACGAGGAUGUGACGGAAACGCCCGUCGAAGAAGUAGCGAAUAAUUCGAAGGUAGAUAUCGAGUCGGUCCAAGUCAUUCCGGAAGCGGACGACAAAUUGGAAACGGAAACGGAACCCGACGUUGCCGUACCUACGGAAGAAAUUCUCAUUUCCGAAGUACCGGAAGAAUCGAAAGAUCCAUUUGUUUCUAACGAAGCGGUGAUCGAUCCUGUUACGCCUAUUACCGAUUCCACGAUCGAGAACGUUAUCGACAAAGUGAUAGACACACCCGAGAUGAUUAGGAACGAGGAGGAAUCGAUGCCUAUGCCGCCUCCACCUUUGUCAGAAUCACCCGUGCCUAGUCCUCAGGAAAAAUUUGAUUUAGAAACCGUAAACGUGGCGGACAAUUCGAACACAGUGCCUUCCCCCGUUGUUCACACAGAGUCUCAGAUUUUAGACGUAGAACACGCACAAGAAGUGGACGGAUCUCCUCUUUCACUGCCGGAACAGGCGAACGAAUGUUCUAGCGCGGAUAUUCCCGUUCCCCAGGCAGAUGACGCGUCGUUGAAAACGUCAGACAGUCUGCCGCCCUGUCCUGUUAGCGAGAAAACCACGUAUCUCGCGAACGAAACUCAAGCGAAUCUCUCUUCGUCCAGGCUGGAAGACGUUCCUGGUCUCACGGACAAUUUUCCCACAGCCCUUGAGGAUACGACCCAACAGUUAGAUUCCUUCAAAUAUCCCUUACCGCCGGAAGAGCUCUCUUGUCCGCUCAAUGUGCCCGAAACGAAUAGCGAGCUUCCAAUUCCCGACGAGAACGCGUCCAGUUUAAGAAACCCGACAGAGACACUACCGAUACCGCCUAGAAGCCCCAGUCCUUUGUCCAAUGUCAGUAUCACGUCUGGCCUAACAACAUCCACAAAAGACUCCUCACAAACACUGUUGUACGACGACCAGAGCAAUCGAGAGUUCAAGAUGGAAUCGGUGUCGAUAAGCCUCAAUUCGUACAAUGAGUCCGACAUUGAAUUAAAGGAGAGGUUAGCAGAGUCUCUGGCGGAGACUGAGAAGCAGGAAGAGAGCUCGGUUUCGUGUCAGUUGUCAAACAACGCCACGUCGUCGACUACUAUCCAGGAGAUCCAUCAGAGCACUCCCGAACCCGAGGCCCCAGUAGAAAAUAACGUGGCUCAUGACAGUACGACAGAAAGUUCAGCCGACGCUAUCAAGGUUACACCAGCCGUCCCAAGCGAGGUACCCGCUUCUCCACCAUCUGCCCCAGCCAUUACCGAGGAUGUCGCAUCGGUAGCUAAGGCUAUCGAAGAGAUGGACAUAAGCGAUAAGGCUGUUGCGGCAGCAACCAUCGAGUGUAAUACGAACGAAAUUAUCGCGGAAGCACAUUACCAAAACAACAUAAACGAAUAAACACCACUAACCGAAUUGUAUUUUGGGAAGAAGAAAGUUCUUUUCUCUCGUUAAAACCAAAAAAGUAUAUUAUAUAGAUAUGUAUAUUUGGACCAUUCCUGCAACUAAACAGAAAAUAACGUUCUUUCGUUACGAGCAACAAAAAAAUGGAUGUGACCGCGACAUCGCGAGAACAUAUAGACUUUAUAGUAGGCCUAUUAAUAAUUAUUAGAUGGCAUUUGACGGCAGGGCGAAAGAGAAAGUUCACGAAACGUGAACGGUUGUAUCAUCCAAGAGAACGGGGUUACGAGGAUGAGCCAGAUAAAAAAAAAAAAAAAAGAAAAAGAAAAAAAAAUGAUUCCGAAAAUGUGUAGUGCCGUUCGCGGAUGGUAUAUCGAAGCAGAUAAUUCUUACUGUUCUUUUUCGACACGAAUGAAAUAUUUUCAACCGUGGGCCGUGCUUAUUUGUAACAUCGUAACAAGUGGCCCUGCUGUGUAAAAAAUUUAGAACCUGUCAUUGUUGCUAUACAUAAAUCGUAUUAUGUGACCAUCGCGCGGCGGACAAGCGAUAAAAACGAACAUUCGAAUUAAAACAAAAUAAAUAAUGGUAACAAAAACUUCGUUUGUCGCGAAUUCCAAAAAAAUACUCAUCGAGGCGCGACCCCUCGUAACUACAUAUGUAUUGCUAUAUCGAGAGAGUAUAAAGAACAAGAAAGCUGUAAUAAAAAAAAAAAGAAAAAAAGAAAGAAAAAACAAGGGAAGAUCAGAGACUGACAGAACAAGGUGUGCGUGUGUGUUCGAAUGUGUGAGAGAGCGUGAGAGCUAGAAAGAAGAAAAUGAGAGAGUGAAUAUCGAGUGUCGAGGAAAGAAAUAAGGAAAAUAGGAAAGAAUAAUUUGGGAUAUGUCUCUUCGCCAGAGUGUGAACAGAAAAGGAAGAGAGAUAGGAUGGACGAAAGCAGAGCGAGAAGAAAAAAGUUAUUAAAAGAUAUGUCAAAGCGCACGAGUAAUGAAACACUCGCAUCGCGAUUUUUUUAAGGACAGUCGAUUAUUUUGCUCGUAUUUCUUUCGCGGUCCUUGUUUUUCUUUAUAAUUGUACAAUCGAGAAGUUUUAUGUUGUAACGAGGAACUGCACACUUCUACGUAUGACUUUGGUACGCGCGAGCACUCGAUACAAUUACACACAUGUAAGGACAUUACACGCCAAUGCGUACAUACGUAUAAUUCAACACACGAGAUAAGGAAAACAUACAGUACGUCGAGACAGUGUAAGUGAUAUAUAAUCUAGACAUAGAGAAAGCGUUUGUGUAAAUUCGGCGUUUGUCCUUCGGAAUGCUACUUCUCCAUACGAGAAUACUUACGAGGAAGCCUAUUCGUAAUUUUAUAAUAAUCACUAAAAUAUCGCCUAAUUACAAUUACGAAACAUGCACAAUUACCAUUCAAAACGGAUUCGUUUCUACGGAUCUUCAGGAGUAAAUAAUUACCUAUGACAGCUUUUUUUAUUAAGACCGUAGCGUAGAUCGUAAAGUUAAACGAAAAGCGCAUAUAUGUAAAUGCUCCAAAAUCUCAGAAUACAUGUAAGUGUUAAUGGAGCGAGCGUUCAUUGUGCCCGCGACCGGCAUUGAUUUUUAAACGAUAUAUAAUGAGUAAGGAGAAAGAGGUAAAAUUAAAAGUUGUAUAGUAAACCUUUCAUUAAAUAUAUUGUCCGUAAUGAUCUUUACAACGAAA